AUGGGUUGGUGGACCAAGAUCCUCAAAGGUUCAAGCAAUAGAGGGCAGUAUCAUGGGAGAUAUGGACAAGACAGAUAUUGGGAUGAGCCUCGCCGAUCAGUGGAUGAUUCGUCAGAUUUUGACAAAGAAGAAAUUGAAUGUGCUAUUGCAAUUUCCCUUUCUGAAGAAAAUCAGAAAGGGAAAAAAGUAAUUGAGGAAGAUACUGAGUCUGAUCGGUCGGAGGAAGAUUACAAGCCUUACCAGUCAGAGGAAGAUAACAAGCCCCACCAGCCAGAGGAUGAUGAGAAUGAUGUGAAAGUUCAAUUGGAAGAAGAUGAGCAACUUGCCAAAGCUAUUCAAGAAAGCUUAUUUGUGGAGUCUCCUCCUCGAGCUCAAUAUGACAGUGGAAAUGUAGCUCCACCGUAUCCAUUCCUUAUUCCAUCUAGUUACAGGAUCUGUGCUGGGUGCAACAUGGAGAUUGGUCAUGGACGGUAUUUGAGUUGCAUGGGCGGUUUUUGGCAUCCUAAUUGUUUUUGUUGCGAGGCUUGCAAUCUGCCAAUUACGGAUUAUGAGAUUCCUACAAAUUCGGCUGGUCUCAUUGAGUAUAGGGCUCAUCCUUUCUGGCUACAAAAAUACUGCCCCUCGCAUGAGCGUGACGGAACUCCUCGUUGCUGUAGUUGUGAGAGAAUGGAGCCUAGGGACACGAAAUAUCUAUCACUUGAUGAUGGCAGGAAACUGUGUCUAGAGUGUCUAGACUCUGCCAUAAUGGAUACCCACGAAUGCCAACCUCUUUACUUUGAAAUUCGAGAAUUUUAUGAAGGUUUAAAUAUGAAGGUGGAGCAGGAAAUUCCUUUACUUUUGGUUGAGAGACCAGCUCUGAAUGAGGCCAUGGAGGGAGAAAAGAAUGGUCAUCAUCACUUGCCGGAAACCAGAGGACUCUGCUUGUCGGAAGAACAAACUGUUACCACUGUUUUGAGGAGGCCAAGGAUUGGAGCAGGUUACCGUUUCAUAGACAUAAUAACGGAACCUUAUAGGCUAAGCCGUAGGUGUGAAGUGACUGCAAUUCUCAUUUUGUUUGGCCUUCCCAGGUUGUUGACGGGUUCGAUUCUGGCUCAUGAGAUGAUGCAUGCUUGGCUUCGACUUAAAGGUUAUCCUAAUCUAAGUCCAGAGGUCGAAGAGGGUAUAUGUCAGGUGCUGGCUCAUAUGUGGCUAGAUUCUGAGAUAUAUUCUAGUUCGGGAAGUGAAGGUGCUUCGUCAUCGUCAUCAGCAUCCUCAUCCUCAUCUUCACCAUCUUCAUCUUCUUCUGCAUCAUCAAAGAAAGGGCAGCGAUCUGACUUUGAGAAGAAACUUGGGGAGUUUUUCAAACACCAGAUCGAGUCAGACGCAUCGCCAGCUUAUGGAGAAGGAUUCAGGAUGGGUAAUCAGGCAGUGCUGAAAUUUGGCCUCAGGAGAACCCUUGACCAUAUUCGAAUGACAGGAACCUUUCCCGUCUGA